ACUAACGUUUCUUAUUAAAUGCUUCAUUAAAUUUAAAAAGUGAUGGGGAAGGCCCCUGAUCUCGACAUUCCCGUUUGGGAAGAAGUCUUGGCUUCAUGCUGCCCCUUGAUAUUUCUAUAAUAGUAAUUUAUAACGUUUAUGAAUCACGUGAAAUUAACUUACGAUUAUUGGCUACUCGUCUAUUACCUUUCUUUUGACUUUGCAAAGUAUCAAGAUUUCGACGUUUGCGUUUAGACAGAACACUCUUUCUUUCACGGCUUCUGGGAAUUUCUGCAAAUAUAUAUCAAGCUAUAUAUAAAGUCUAAACGUGUAUCGAAUGAUGUUACAAAUAAUGUGCACUACGUUGACUAAAGCUUGCAGUACUAUUUGGAGAAUUGUAAUUGGAAUUAAAGAUGAGAACGAUUCACUUACCGGCAUCAGAUGAUUCGUACGAUUCCUCGUCUCUCUCAUUGGUUGGAUAAAGCCUCUGCUUAUCUAGGAAAAAAAUGACAUAUUGUCGUUUAGCCAUAAAUAUAAAAAUAUAUAAACGUAUAUCAAUGUGUAUCAUGAACUAACCUCUAUCUGUCGAAAUAUUAAUAAGUUCCAGUCGCCUUCUUGAAGGUGCGUAGUCUCUGCGCAUCCGUUUAGACAUUGCUCUCUUCUUUGUCCGACUUCUUCGAGUUUCUGUAAAAAAAAACAGUCAAUACUUCUAUAAACGUUUACGGAUCAAUGUUUAUCGCAGCUAUAUAAAUAUUAUAGAGUAAGUCAUAAAUGUAAUGAAGAAUUACUUACCGUUUGCAGUAUCUUCUUCCAAAGAUGAAGAAUUUUCGCCAUCACGAUCAUUCGCACUUGGAAAAUAGUCUGAUUCCUCCUCAGACGAGCUCUCCGUCCUCCUUCUUUUCGACAUUUAAACGUUUAACUUAUCUAACUACUGUAUUAUUAUGAAUAAUCAGUGCGAGCACGCAAAAAGUGAACUGGGAUAUUAUUCGAAGUUCGAUUCUUUUUAAAGUUACACGUCUAUAUUAAAAAAUAAUCGGAGCACAAUAAGAGAUGUCUGUCUUGCUCAAGAUGCCAAUGCCAAGUGAGGAGUUAGUGUGCUGACUCUGAUGUGACGCUCGCUUGCUUACUUGUUGUUGUUUUUACACGCUUACAGUAUGAUUAGGAAAUAUUAUAACAGCGGAAGAAAAAAGUACCAACAGCAGCAAGGAGAGUGGGAGUGGUUUCUUGUUUGAACUCGAUUGUGUAUGCGACAACAACAGGUUUGAACCUGUCUGACUUUUUUCUGGAGCAACCGAGAUAUCAAGUGAAGAGGCAUCCCAGCACAGUCGGCUCCCUCACUCAUCAUUUCAUUUUUGCGAGCAGGGAUUGAAACAUUGGUUUUUCAUUCGUUCCGAAUUAUUUUUGACUUACACGUGCAAACACCUAAAAUUUCCGAGUUUCGAAGAUUACAAUUACGUGUAUUAAUUAUAGUUAAGUAGAAUAUUUAGUUUAAUUCCCUCGAAUGAUGUCAAAGCUGAUGAAAUCGAAGGACUCGCCGAAUUCUGAAGGGUCAGAAUAUUAUCAAAGUGACACGGAUGAAGAUAUCUGAUGAAGAAUAUGUACCUGAGACUCGCAGGAAGAUAAUAUUCUUCAAGCGUCAACGUCGAAAACGCCGGGAACCAUCACGAGGGUCUUCAAAAACGCCUGGUGAUGAAUCAGAGUAUACAUCAAAUGGCAGUGAUUACGAUGUCAAAACGUCAUCACUAUCCGACGAAGAUAUUCUCAUCGAAAUUAUAAGAAGCAAGACAAUGAAGAGAAUGACCGUCAAACGACCACGCCGGGAUCACGAACCUUCACGGGUGAGAAUGGAAGCUGAAAUCGUCUCACUGAAUGACCAAGAAAAUGCUACAGUUGACAAGAGUAAUUCUUCAUCAGAGAUUCAUACAAGUGUAGAUGAUCAAGAGAAUAAUUCACAGGAGCAAGCUCACCACGAUAAUGAUCAAGAAUCAGUUGAUGAAAACGUCGACAUUUUGUCUUACUGUUUGUCACAUUUUGCUCCAGGACAUCAACCACUACUAGAGCGCAAGAGACUAGUGGCUAAACAUCUUCUCUACAUAUCAAAAUUUCUGGAAAGCCAAUUAGAAGAAAAGACCAAGAGACUAAACGAGUAUAUGCAGACCCCGUCGACUCUCCGGAAUCGUAUGACCGGUCAUCUACAUCUUUCCAAUAUCCAACCACUUCAAAUGUGCUAGGUUCAUCUGAACCUGAGGGUCAGAGCAAGAAAAGAAUAUUUUUAGCAUCGGACUCACAAAUCCAAAAGGCUGUAAAACUAAGAGAAGAAGAAGACACAAAAAAAACUCCUGUUUAUGUGAAAUGUGAAUGCUCGAAUUGUCAGUAUAACAAGACAAGG